AUGCGCAACUCUUUCCUUCUCAUCCAGCUCAACGACUUUUCGGUGAUCGUGCUCUCGGGCGGUGUGAUGCAAAUAGCUGUCGUGCAGCCGCCACAGGAAUUUUUCGAUUCGCAGCAACUCUAUUUGGCGGACGUUGAAGAUUUUACGUUAAUCCAAGGCACGUCGAGCUCGGAAAACGGAUAUACGAUGGUGUUCACCUGUUUCUCGCAAGGAUUUCCACCGGCCUGUUCGUCUGGGCAAAAAUACGGAUAUCCCCUACAAGAACCUACGGCCGAAAAGCCCGAACCUACUUCCAUUUCUCAUUUGCUAGGGGUAGCGCUUGAUACGAAUCGGAUAGCCGAGGAACAGCUCGAAAAGCUUGGAUUUAGUUUCGUCCGAAUCUACAUUUUUUACUACACCCUGCUCGAGGUCUAUCACUCUUUCCACGCUGGCUGGGACCACGAACUUGAGAAGCUCAACUCCAAAUUCAACCACGGUGACGCUGAAUUUGUUCGAUUUGGCGAGGAGUUGCUGGGAGCGCUAUAUUUGGGCUUGGAUUCAAAGAGUCAACUUUUCUUCGAACGCGCAUUUGGCGCCCCAACGACCAAGGAAUUUGUGGAUUUGUUGGAGAAGAGAUUGCAAAAACUCCUUGGCUGGCUGCCGUCCGCGCUGAUCCCAUUUUCUGAGGCGGUUAUGUGCGAGUCGACGGCGUUUGUGCAGAUUAUGGAGAAUAUACUGGCUUCGGCGAAAAAGCCGAACCCUAGGGACUUCUUCGUGAACCUGGCCAACUCAAUCUACAGCCCGGAAAGAAGCUCGAUUCCACAGCCAAGCGUCGAUCCGCGCGAGGAAUGGGCCGCUCGACUUGUAGAUGCAAGUGAGAAGUUGGUGGUGUCGACGAGGAAUUUGCACAACGCUUGUAAGCAAAAUUGCGAUGACAUCGAGAUGGUCAUCGGCGUCAUCGUGCGCUACAGCUUCCGCGACAUUCACAACUUAUUGUCCCUCGAGCCGUGCCUUUCCGAUCUUACUGGACGCGGGACAAAGCUGCAGAAGAUGGCGCAGCACUGUUUAUUGUCAUAUUCGGCAUACGAUCCGCUUGAUGCCGCAGAGUCGCUGCUUCGCCUUUUCUUCAAGCCCGAAGAAGCCGCCCGGCUUCGCAUCGACCCAACUGCCGCCGAAUUGCCAUCCGCUCAAUUGUCGUGCCUCCCGUUCGUUGAGGGCAAGGCUUGUCCUGUGACCUCCGAACAGCUGCCGCCCCGCGAAGCGGUUGAUUUGAAUCACCUCUCCGGCUACUUGAGCGAAGACGCGUCGACCUCGAUUUACGGCGACACCAGCUUGCCUACAGUAAAGGCGGCCGUAGACUUGACGGCCAACACUCUCAUCUUUGCCCAAUCGACCGUACUUUCAAAGAAAUUCAACGCGCACAAAGUGGAUUGGAUCCACGAAAUUGCGCGGGGCACCGAUUUGGUGUUUGGACGAGAAGGGAUGAAGCUUUUGAAAAUAUCGAGGCCCGGCGAGCGCGAUGAGCUUCGGAUCUGCGCCAUCCAAAAAGGGAGGCGGGCUAUCUUUUCGAGCAAGGUUUGGAAGGGCGAGGAGAAACAGGCGAAGCCGGAUGUGAUUAUCGAGUUCGGCAAGGAGAAUAUGGACAUUACCACUCGGUCCGACGCCGCCGAUGAGCCGACGCUAAUUUUGGGCAUCGAUAUGUUUGUGCCAACCGAGAAGGGCGCCGUCGUGUCGGUGGAAAUUGGGCCUCGCGUGGGCACGGUCAGCGAGCGGCGGCUGUGUCAUUUGGAUUUCGACGCCGGGCGGUUGACGACUUAUUCGUCCCAACGCCUCGAUGAAAGCACCGAAACGCUGGCUGCCUGCACGAAGGGAUGCGGGAACUGCCUGCUCAUCGCCGACCAGGGCCACCGCUUCUGUGUCACCGAAUUGCCGACGAAAAUUCCGGAAGUAGCGGAGCCCGUUGAUGAACCCAUG